GCCCACAUUAUGCGGUGCAGUGCACAGCUUGCUGAUACAUAAGUUGCUGUACCUGCAGCUUCUCUGACGAACAUUGAUUGGCUUACCUCAACCGGGCGACGUGGGGAGGUUCUGUUGUUCCUGUAGGCUUUGGCAUGUACGCUACUAUUGCCGGCUUGUAUAGUGGCGUGAGUAUACAAUACAGGCUUGGCAAAUGGCGUGGUAGGUUCGAAGCGUCGCACCGUCUAGUAUCUUGACAGCAAUGCGAUACGAGCCAAUGGGAGCGUCUGCUAUUAGACUGCUUACCUACGCACACCACACCUCCUCGGCAGCGGCUUCCGGGCAUCGAAGAUCGAACUUCAACAUUCUGCAGGCUCCAGAUCCUCAGCAUGGCAAUUCGCGCGUCCUGUGCAAUAGACAUAUGGUCAGUGCUGGCACUUCGACCGCUCUCUGGCACACAUUCCGCUAUCGAGGACUUCGACCAUCUCUCGGCGCUGGUCUUGUCAGUGGCAGGACGCUGCACCAAAUGCAGGAAGGCAAAGGCCCGCCAUGCACGCCGAGCGGCUGCCCUGCCUUGACUGGGUACUAAGAUUGGCGACGACGCGCAAUCGUGCUUUACGCCUCGUUGACGCAGCAGCGACUUGUUGGUCGAACGGUGAGGAGAGAAUGUUACGGCGCUGGGCAGUAUCAUAUGCUGUAGUCAGUAGUGGACAACACGGCCAUUGGAAUCUGAUGGUUGCUCCGUGUGACAUGCUUCCCCAGACAAUCGUGCGGUCGUCACCCCCAUCAAAUAUGCUCGCGCUUAUGCAGCCGGAAAGCUUGGUCGGCUGUUGCCCGGGUCGCUAAAUGCAGGCGAGAAACGUCAUUCGAGCAUUCAAGAGAGUAACGUCC